AUGAGGACAUUUAAUUGCUACGUGCUGCUGCUUUGCUGGAAAGCAAUUUGUUGCAACAGCUGUCAACUCACCAACAUUACCAUAGCAGUGGAAAGAGAAGAAUGUGAAUUCUGCAUCACAGUGAAUGCCACAUGGUGCUCAGGAUACUGCUUCACAAGGGAUCCAGUAUAUAAAUAUCCACCAGUAUCAUCUGUUCAGCAAACGUGUACCUUCAAGGAGGUUGUGUACGAAACAGUGAAGAUCCCUGGUUGCGGUGACCAUCCUGAAUCUUUUUAUUCCUACCCAGUAGCUACAGAGUGCCAUUGUGAAACCUGUGAUACUGACACCACUGACUGCACUGUAAGAGGACUGGGGCCAUCCUACUGCUCUUUUGGUCAGAAUGGAAAUAACCAAUGAAA